AUGGAUUUGACAACAUUUAUCUCAACCUUAUUCCUAGGCACACUAGCCUCUAGAAUCAUUCGACAUUGGCUCAUAGGAAGGUCUCUUUCUUCUCACAAGAACAAGCUUCCUCCGGGCCCACCAAGGUGGCCCAUUGUUGGUAACCUCCUCCAAUUAGGGCAACUUCCACAUAGAGACUUAGCAUCUUUAUGUGACAAAUAUGGACCCUUAGUUUAUCUAAAAUUGGGUAAAAUUGAUGCCAUCACCACCAAUGAUCCUGAUAUUAUACGUGAAAUUCUUCUUAGUCAAGAUGAUGUUUUUGCCUCUCGCCCACAUACUUUUGCUGCUGUUCAUUUAGCAUAUGGGUGUGGUGAUGUUGCAUUGGCCCCUCUAGGCCCUCAUUGGAAGCGCAUGAGAAGAAUUUGCAUGGAACAUUUGUUAACAACAAAGAGGCUUGAGUCUUUCUCAAACCACCGUCUAGAUGAAGCUCAACAUCUUGUCAAGGAUGUUAUGGCCUGGGCCCAAGAUAAAAAGCCCAUUAACUUGAGGGAGGUUUUGGGUGCUUUCUCAAUGAACAAUGUCACUAGAAUGCUGUUGGGAAAACAAUAUUUUGGGUCUGAAUCUUCAGGCCCACAAGAGGCUAUGGAGUUCAUGCACAUAACCCAUGAGUUGUUUUGGUUGCUGGGUGUCAUAUAUUUGGGUGACUACUUGCCAAUUUGGAGGUGGGUGGAUCCUUAUGGGUGUGAAAAGAAAAUGAGGGAAGUGGAAAAAAGAGUGGAUGAUUUUCAUUCUAACAUUAUUGAAGAGCAUAGAAAAGCAAGGAAAGAUAGGAAGGGUAAAAGAAAGGAGGGUGAUGGAGAUAUGGAUUUUGUGGAUGUUUUACUAUCUUUGCCUGGUGAAGAUGGAAAAGAGCACAUGGAUGAUGUAGAAAUCAAAGCCUUGAUUCAGGAUAUGAUAGCUGCAGCAACUGAUACUUCAGCCGUUACCAAUGAAUGGGCAAUGGCAGAGGUAAUGAAACACCCACACGUUCUCCACAAAAUCCAAGAAGAACUUGACACAAUAGUUGGCCCAAACAGAAUGGUGCUAGAAUCCGACCUACCCCAUCUUAAUUACCUGCGAUGCGUCGUACGCGAAACCUUCCGCAUGCACCCAGCAGGGCCCUUCCUCAUUCCACAUGAAUCUCUCCGUGCCACCACCAUCAACGGCUACCACAUACCCGCCAAGACACGUGUCUUCAUCAACACGCACGGAUUGGGCCGCAACACCAAGAUUUGGGACAAUGUGGAUGAGUUUAGGCCUGAGAGGCAUUGGCCUAGUAAUGGGAAUGGUACUAGGGUUGAGAUUAGUCAUGGGGUUGACUUCAAGAUAUUGCCUUUUAGUGCUGGCAAGCGCAAGUGCCCUGGUGCACCACUCGGGGUGACUUUGGUUUUGAUGGCUUUGGCUAGAUUAUUUCAUUGCUUUGACUGGGAACCACCAAAAGGAUUGAGUUGUGGAGAUGUUGAUACUAGGGAAGUUUAUGGGAUGACUAUGCCUAAGGCUGAGCCCUUGAUUGCUAUUGCUAAACCAAGGUUGGCUAAGCAUUUGUAUGAUUGA